AUGGCUGCCAAGUCCGAGUCUUCGUCCACGGUGCCCAACCACAAAGGCUCUGUCGCCGAGCACACGAUACAGUCAGCCACUAUCGACGAACCUUCGUCGCGGUACUUCUGCGGCAAGGGGGAGAUCCACUUCUGGAAGAACUUCAUGUUCGAGCCAGAUGGUCGCCCAUAUAUCCGGGUGACCCACGACAUCAGCAUCGACGAGGUGCUGACCAUCCUCACCCGCGACUGGAAGUUCACACUGCCUCGCAUCGUUCUCGUAGUCGUCUCGAGUCUGGCCACUUGGCAGGAGUGGAGCGCCCCGAGGCAGCUGGAGAACUUCAAGGAGGGCCUCAUUAAGGAGUGGAGCGCCACGAGGCAGCUUGAGAACUUCAAGGAGAGCCUCAUUAAGGCAGCCAACACGACUGCCAUGUGGAUCCUGACGAACGGCGUCAAUACGGGCAUUGCCAAGGAGAUCGGCUCGUGGGUGAACGAGGAGUUGGUGCAGCGACUCAUCCUGCGCUGUCACCCCCACCCGCACACGACGGAUUUCGAGAAGCGGCCACCCCUGUGCCUGGUGGGCGUCGUACGCGAGGACCUCCUUACGUGCGCCGACAAGUUUGAGACAACGAAGGACGGGACCGUAUACAUCGAAAACGCAGGAAGCCGGCCCGAAGACAACAGGUUCGACCUGAAUCCGGACCACACGCACUUCAUAAUUGUCAAAGACGAUACAGUGAACAAGAGUGGCCUGAAUUAUUUCAUUCUCAAGCUGGAACAGCACUUGUCAAUGACGCCAGAUGAAGACAGUGGUAAGGGUUGCAUCCCCGUCGUAGCGCUCGUGUGCCAGGGAGGAACCGGUUGCAACAAGAUGGUCCUCGAGCACCUCAAGAAACAACUGCCCGUCUUGGUCAUACAGGGAAGCGGAGGCGUGGCCGAUUUGCUGUCGCUUGCCUUCAAUGAGAUCGACAGGCGUGGUGCUACCCUUUGGGAUCCAGAGUUUGUCGAGAGCGUAUUGAAACCUGAAAUUAGCACGCAGAUUUGCCAGAUGUUCCCCAAGUUCAGAGACAACGCAUUGUCUAGGAACGUCUUCAAGGACAGGAUCAUCGAGUGUCUUCGACUAGCAUGCCAGACCCAGGAACAAAUGUACUUCACGGUGAUCAAUAUACACCACCACCGCAACAACCUGAAGCACCUCGAUGACAUUCUGCUCAAAGUGGUGUUCAAGUCCCAAGUACGACACCAUCACGCUCACCAAAUGAAGAAAGACCUGCUUCUGACGUUGGACUGGAAUUGCCCGCACGUUGCCAUGUCUAAGGUCUUCUCGAAAGACUUCGCUCAGCAGUAUCAGAUCGACAGGGAAGAAUUCGAGUACGCUCUGCUGCGACCCAAGCGAGAGGAAUUUCUGCACAUCUUCCUAAACCGCGGUUUCCAAGUCCACAAGUACCUGUCACCCAAGAGGCUCCGGCAGCUCUUCUCAAAAAUUCAACACGAAGAGUUCUUUCGUUCUGUCUGCUGGGAAGGGGCCCUUGGACAUAGCAUGCUGUACAAGAUUAGCAAGAACUUCAUUGAGGGUGACCUCAACUGGUUGAUAGAGACGACAAGUGGCAUGCGCAACUUCAUUGACCCAGAUGAGCUGUUGAUGAACACAGCGCAGGGAAUUUACAUUCAGGACGCUGCCUCUGCGGAGCGCAAGGCCCUGGUCAUCCUCUCCCUCUGGGCAGUCUUCUCCAACCGGCGCAAAACGGCCGAGGUUCUGUGGAAAAACUGCGACCAGCCCAUCCACCUGGCCCUGCUCGUGUCCAUGACGUACGAGAAGCUGACCAUGUACGUUAACGAGGGCACAAUCAAGCACGAGCUCCUCGACACCAGCAAGUACUUCGCGGGGUUGGCAACCGGCGUGCUCGACAUGUGUUACCUGGACUCCACGUGUCGUGCUUACGACAUCCUGAGCGUGCAGAGCAUGGACUGGAAGUACAAGACGGCCGUCGACAUUGCAGCCGAGGCCAAGAACCGCAAGUUCCUGGCUCACCCAUGCUGCCAGAAGUGGCUGACCAACCAGUUUUUGGGUCGUAUUAGCAUCCGCGACAUCACCUGGGGAUUCUUCAGCGUUCCUCUGUGGCUGAAGGUAAUUCUGUGCGCAUUCACGGUUCUGCCAAUGUACAUAUGGGUGCGCAUAAAGAGUGACCCACAUCAGAUGGACUAUGGCGAGGAGGACGAGUGCGAUAAAGACUUCAGCUCCAAGAAUAUUACGGAAGCUGUGAAGUAUGAUCGGUGCGACACGGGUGGCACGGUGGGCCAGGAGGGAAUACUGAUACGCCAGAACCCUCCAAUCUAUCGAAUGGUCUACGUCAUGUGGAAUGCCCCCAUCACGAAAUUUUGGGUUUAUCAGAUAUUUUACAUUCUUUUUCUCGGGACAUUGAGCGUCGCAGUGCUGUGGCCUUCAUGCGGGGACCCUACGCUAGACACCGUCUGCGUGGUGUGGACAUUCCUCAUCGCUGUGGAGACGAUUGAUCGAACUUAUCGCCUGCAUCUCACAAAUGCCAACGUCCCCUUGCUAUCGAAGUGCAUCGAGGUUUUCCUCAUCAUGUUUUUCUGCGUCACGUACCUUUGCUCGAGGCUGCUGAGGAUCGGGCUCUUUGAGGACCCCUACAACGGGAAAGUGCUCACCUGCGUGGGACUGCUCUACUUCUACUACCGGCAGACGCUCAUAUACUUGCCCAUAUCACCGCAACUUGGCCCGCUCCUACACAUCGUGAAACUCAUGGUGUGUCGAGAUUUCGCAAACUUCAUGCGCAUGGCGCUUCUGGUGAUCAUAUGUGGAGGCAUUGUAGUUCACGUCAUGCUGUACCCGGACUACCCGAUCACGGUGGAGCUCUUCCGCAGGAUAUUCCACAUGGCCUGGUUCUCCCUCUGGCUAACGCCGAUCGAUGACCUCGAAGAUUCGGACGAGAGUUGCCCGAAUGCGGGACUGUGGCCCUACGUGUUCGCGGUGAUCUACUUCGCGCACCUGAAGCUCAUCCUUCUCACCGUCCUCGUGGCGCUGUUCUACAACACGGUGGCCGAAGUGACACCACAAGCCGACGCCGUGUGGAAGUUCCAGCGGUACGAGCUCGUCAUGGACUUCGCCAUGCGGCGCUGCUUACCACCUCCACUCAAUGCCAUUGCUUACGUCUGGUGCGUCUUGUUCGCCAUCUUCAAGGCGUGCAGGCGAGCCAUCAGGAGGAAGAAGCGACACCUGCCAGUGUACCCGUUGGCGAAAGACGUGAGCAAAGGGCAAAAGUUGUCAGAGUUGGACUACCACUACUGGAAACAGAAGGCACUGGAGUACAGCAAUAUCCUUGCCUCUGCCGACCAGAACAAAGGCCAGAUGAUGGGUGACAACUUGACAUUGAUGUUGGAGGAUGUGGACUACCAGCGCACGACGCUGGACCGACUGAAAGGGCAAGUGGAGGAGGUCCAGCGGAAGAUGUCUCUGUCACUCAUCUACCUGGAGACCCUCAAGCAGUCUUGUUCUUCGAAGGGAGAUCCCGUGUCCGUGGUAGCGACCAUCCAGCAGCAGACGACGCUGCACUACAUAUCUCGCCAGUCUCCAUAUCCGGGCACGAAGAUACAGCGGUUCCCGGUGCCCGACAAGUUCGUGCCCUGGGAGGUGAUGUGGUUGGACUAUGACCCGGUGGCUUACACCAGGCCCCGGGCACAGUUCCCGGCGCCGCUGCAGGUCUACGUGGAUGAGGACAUCGUCGUCGUCCCUAAAACCGACAACGCUCAAAGCCUGCCACCACUGCAGUGGAACUGUCUGUCGACGACUCCCGGCGGCGUCAACAUAGACCGACGCUCGUGGAUCGAGGACGCUGACAGCACGAACAUUAUCUACAUUCUCGAAAACGAGGGAGUUCCGAGGAAUCCGGCUGGGAGAACUGGUCUAAAAGGAAGGGGCGCGCUUCCGCGGUGGGGACCGAACCAUUACGUCCUAUUCAUCAUCAGCAGGUACCAGAAGUCGCGCUCAGCCCUAUCAACAGGAAGAGGGCUGGAAAUCGCGCUCAUGAGGAUUUUUAGAACCGACCAGUUUGUGCUGCCAGGGGACUUUGUUCCCGGUGAGCUGAAGUACGACGGAGUCAUGCGGGUGUGCUUCAAGGUUCCCGAGGGCACGCCAAUGUCGACUGCGGAACACGUGAAAGACUUCUUCUCGGGGUGCCUCGAAGAGCAACCCGACGCCUCCGACCCCAGCCAGGUGGUGGACUGCUCGAUGGCUCGCCGGGGUUACAUGGACGAUCCGAUGAACACCGACAACUGCUGGCGAGAAGUCGAGCUUUGGAAGGUUCACUACGGCGGAAAGGAGACGCUGGGUGAAAAGUUUCAGCCCAAUGUGGUGUGGAGGCUUGUUACAGACGACCUGUUUCUCAAGUUGCCUUCUGGACACAGCAACCUGUUCAACGAAGUGUGGAACUUUCAAGGCACGCUGACGUUGUGA